CAAUCAGCGCUCACAUCAACAGGAACAGUAACAAUGGAGGCGAGAAUGAAGGACGUGGGUGUGUGACAGCAUGUCAAAGGCACUUUUAGCGAAAACACCCAAAUAUCAUGGUGCACUCUUUCUGAGCUGAAUAUUCGCCGUCAAACGUGCGCGAUCGACCCAAAAUGGCUUCGUGGUCGGAAAAAAUGAUGCAGCUGCUGCGUCGAAUGAAUAACUUCCAUUUACCAGGUUCCAGUUUAGAAAGCUGUCUACGUUUCGAGGUGGCCGGUGAACAGGUGGGAUGGAUUCCCCCUAAAAUAGCAUCAGUUCUUGGUCGUUUUCCUACUGUCUUUAGACCGUAUGGAAGUGCUAUAACCCUGUGCUCCAGACUGGACACAUUUGAGAGCAGAUCGGUUGCUGUGGAUGAUGUUCUGCAGGAGUUGAGGAGGGAGGCAACCUUCACAUGUCUCAUAGGCUGGAGAAAUGAGCAAUACGCAGUGAUGCCUAGGUAUUGCGACCCUCCGUUUAUGUAUAUGGAGAGAGCUGCAACAAGUUUGUUUGGAGUCAAGCGGUACGGAGUCCAUAUCAACGGCUACACCAGGGAUUCAAGUGGCAACCUUAAUAUGUGGCUGGCACGACGAUCUCUGACCAAACCGACCUAUCCCGGAAGACUGGACAACAUGGCAGCUGGUGGACUGGCAGCAGGCUGCAGUGUCAGGCAUACAAUGGUAAAAGAGUGUGAAGAAGAGGCGUGCAUCCCCCCAGGCCUGGCAGAGCAAGCACGUCCUGUGGGAACGGUGAGCUACACCUACGAAGAUGACGAAGGAGUUUUUCCUGAGUGUCAGUUUGUGUUUGACUUGGAGCUGCCUCUCAAUUUUCAGCCUCACAUUGGAGAUGGAGAAGUACAAGCGUUUUACUACUACCCCAUUGAGAAGGUAAAAGAUCUCCUGGUCAGUGAGGAAUUUAAGCCAAACUGUGCCAUGGUGGUACUGGAUUUCCUCAUCAGACAUGCCAUCAUAGAGCCAGACUCAGAGCCAUAUUAUCAUGAAUUUGUUGCUGGAUUGCACAGAUCAUUAUAAAGACUGACUGAUAGUUUGACAACCUUCAACACUUUGGUGUUUUUGUGACCUACCUCCUCUUGUAACUCUUAAUUGUCUCAGCAUGUCUACUUAUUUUUACCAGAGGCCACGUCUUCAAUGGCAGGUAAUGAGUAAUGUACCUGAUCAACCUGAGAACAGACUAAAAUGAAAACCCAUGCAAAUUUACUCUAUAAGAAUUUAUUUUUUCAAUACAUUUCAAUUGAGUCUGUGGAAAUCCGUAGGAUGCACUGGUAUACAAAAGAUAAUUGAUGCAUCAAAGACUCUUGUUUUUCUUACAAUGAAAUGCAGAAUCUCAUCUAUGAAAUUACUUGCAUUCAAUAACAUGGCAUUAAAUGGCUCUCUCAAAAUCA